AUGUGUGAUUACUAUGCCCUGUCUUUACCAGUUCUCCCGUCUUCAAAUUUUUAUGUAACCUGUGUCAUGGCUGAUAAAGAUCAAGUAAUUCAAGCACUUCGAGCAACACUUAUCUCAGUAAAAGGAGCACUAACUAUUAAACAGUGCAAUCGUGACUAUAGAGAGCUUCAAGGAGAAUGGAUACCUUUCAAGAAAUUAGGUUAUUCUUCACUAGAAAAGCUUUUCCAUGACGUCCCUGGCUUUAAAAUAACGCAAAUCAACGGUGAAUGGUACGUUGACGCCAUAGCAAGUCAGGAAACUCAACACAUUGCCACAAUGGUUGCACGCCAAAAGUCUAAUAAAAAAACCAAUGUGAAAUUAAAUUAUCCGAAUCGAUUUCCAAAGAAACAAGGGUCAUGGAGAAAGCCUGCACCAACCUCCAGUAAUCCGUCGAAUUAUGAUAAUCAGUAUUCAAGACAGCCAUAUAACACACCAUUCAACAACAACAACUAUAACAAGUAUAAUAAAUUCAACAAGCCGAACGAAACGAAAAAUGUGUCCAUAAGUGCGAAACUAACGAAUAAGACUGCUGAUCUAUCUGUAAAAGUUGGUUGUAAUAAUCCUAAAGGUUAUAGUGCAAAUUCUCAACGCGAAAUUAUUACUGCUCAUAAUGAUGAGUUUAAACAUUCCACACGUAACGAGAAAGAGACUGAUAUUAAAGGCAGCGGUAAAGUGUCCGCAUCACAGCGGCUGUCUAACCUAAGGGAUCGUUUAAAUACUGUUGAUCUCAUACCUUUGCAAAUGCCGGCUCAUAACGAUAUCUUGGAAAGCACCGAUCCAGUAACACAUGUGGCUCCAGCUCACAACUUAGAGCCACCUCCAGAUUCGACGUCUUCUUUCGAAAAGUUGGAAUGGACUUGUAAAAAGCUGGGGUUGCCGCAGCCGGUGGUCAAGGUGUAUGAUAUACGACCCAAAAAAGGUCCUGUUAGCUACGACUGUAGUGUAAAGGUAGGGAACUCUUACUCAGCGUCAUCGUACCCAGACUCUUCACCAUCGGAGGAGCUGGCAAAGGAGGUGGCGGCCGUGAAACUGCUGGCCAUCAUCGAAAGCUCGGAGGCGGGCGGGCUGCCCACCUCGUCUAGCAGCAAGGCCAUCACCUGCCUUGCGGACCUAGUUUCCGAACACGAAGCUGGGCUCUGGGCUAGCAUGGUGCCUCAUUUGUACAGAGAAAAAUAUAAAGAAAAUUUACCAAGUAAUUGGCAAGAAUUGGUAGAAAGCUGUCCUCGAAUAUUAAAAGAUAGAGUGGUUAAUGGUCUUUUAGUUCUUCUACCUAACAACGAGGAGGCGUUAUCACCAUUAAUUGAAACGAAUGUGUUUGAUGACACAAUAGACAGUGAGCUACCACUCCUUCAGUUCCCUGAGGAAAAUUCUUGGAAUGUGUUCAUUACAGUCGCUAAUUCGACUCUAGAGAUUUGGUUGCGAAUUAUUGGACCAGAAUAUAGUGACAUGUUUGAAACACUAUUAGCAGAUAUGGCUCUGUAUUACGAACGUUUGGGAACGUUAGUGGACAAAAAUAUGAUUAUUAAAAAUGCGUGGUAUGCAGUAUAUUUAGAUGAUGGAGGCUGGCAACGAGCGAAGAUAUUAGAAAUAGAAGAUGAUACAGCAACAGUAUUCUUAGGCGAUCACGGAGAUGUCGACACUGUGCUUUUGAAUAAGAUUAAAAUCCUUGAGCCACAGUUUAGAAAAUUGCCAGCUCAGGCGAUCCUGUGCCGGCUGGAGGGCGCCGAAGAGCUGGCGGCGAGCGGCGCGGGCGCGGCGCUUGUGGCGCGGCGGCUGCCCGGCGAGGUGCUGGUGGCCGAGCCCGGCCCGCGCCACGACCCCGAAGACCCGGCCGUCGCCAUCGUGCUCUACGACACCUCCACGCAGCACGACCUCAACCUCAACAAGGAAAUCGUGCACGACUUCUGCAUCGCUGGCGCCUUCACCGUGACGCAGAAGCCGUGCGAGGUGGAGGUGGGGUGCGUGACGGAGGAGGGGCGCGUGUGGGUGUCGCGCGCGGGCGGCGCGGCGCUGGUGCGCGACGCGCUCGCGCUGCUCACGAGCGGGCCCUACCGCCGCCCGCUGCCCGCCGCGCCGCACGCGCCGCCGCCGCACAAGGCGCUCUUCAUCGUGCGCACGCUCGCUGGCGACUGGGUUCGUUGCUCCAUCAUCAGCGGGCUGGACGGCGAGGGCACGGUGCGCACGCAGCUCGUGGACAGCGGAUUGAUCCUGCGCGCGCCGCUCUCCUCGCUCGUUCCGCUGCAGACGUUCUCACCCGCGCUCAACGCCUACCCACCACAGGCGAUGCAAGUGCGGCUGGGGCCGGCGGAGCGCGUGGCGAGUAAGAUGGCGGGGCGGCUGCGCGAGUUGCUGCUGGGCCAGCGCGUGCUGUGCCGCGCGCUGCCCGCCGCGUCCCCCGCGCCCGCGCCCUCCGCGCCGCCUAACGUCGAGCUGUUCGUGCGCUUCGGCCCGCAGCAGAUGCUCGUCCCCGUCAACAACUCCAUAAUCUUGGAGUACGACAGUUCCCUGCAGCAAGGAAAAUUGAAUAAAGACGACAGUGAGGUGACAAAUCACGUGGAGGCGCUGAAUAAGAAGAAGGAGCGCAUAUUCCGCACGAGGUCUGGCGGCGUGGCGACGGGUGCGGUUGGGGGUGCGGGCGGGGGCGCGGUUGCGGUGUGCGGCGGGGACGAGGGACGCCACGUGCUACCGCCGCCCACGCUACCUACGCCGGGCAUGUGCUUCGACGUCUACAUCGCGAUGGCCGCCAACCCGUGGAAUUUCAUCGUCCAACCCAACAGCACAAGGCACACUUUACAAACAAUGAUGUCAACUUUGCAAAUGGAGUGUCCGAAGUUGUCAGAAGCCGCCGCGCCUGUCAACCCUGUUAGCGGGGAACUGUAUACGACAUAUUACGAAAAGGAUGCCUCUUGGUAUAGGGUGACGAUAGCAGGGGUUGUAUCAUCAGAAAUGGUUUCCGUUUAUUUCUGUGAUUACGGUGACUUGGUAGUGCUGGCGACUAAAGAUUUGCGACCAGUACCUCCAGGUGCGCCUCUAGCUCGCUCCUUGCCACCACAAGCCAUAAAAGCUAGAUUAUUUGAUGUAUGUCCUUUGCACCAAGACUGGGCUGUAGAAGACUGCAUAAGAUUUCAAGAAUUAUGUGUGGAGCAACAAUUUGUAGGUAUUUGUAAAGAAGUGGGCAAGGACCCGCUAAAUCCAAGCGAGCCCCUCUUAACCCUUGAUCUCAUUGACACAACAACAGAUGAUGACAUAUAUCUUAACAAACAGUUGGUCGCUGAAGGCAGAGCUAGACUUGCUUCCGAUUCCUAA